CGAAGGCCGGACGAAAAAAAAGGGAGAGAGAGAAUCUGAAAGACCGAAAGGCCUAUAGUCACUCUCCCUUGAAAAUGGGUAUAUGGGAUGAGCUCCAAUUCAGUGUGUCCAGACUUGUAAACCGAAAACCUUCCGGUCCGAGCAAACGUCCGUCCGAUACAAUUACAGCUCUCCAUGGUCAGCCAGCCGCCGCCUUGGUAUCCAGAGCUACAAAAGUCGUAGAUGCCGUUAGAUCUAACGGGGCUCAGAAAUUGGAUGACUAUUUCCCAGGCCCUCACCGCCGCGAAAAGAUAAGCCGGGUUCUGACUAACCUUGGCAAAUUCGCCGUUGACUCCGCCAUCAAUAAGUGCCUCAAAAGCGUCACCGGUGGCAUACAGGUGUAUCAGAUAGUGAGGGAAGGACUGAAGGAUCAACCUAAAUCACGCCCUUCCAAUGAGAUUAAGAAGCAAGACCUCACGGUAGCAACAGAGGAGAUGCAAGCUAAAAUGGAGAAAAUGCAAGAGGAUGUAAAUAUACUGAAGCAGCAAAACCAGACAUGUGCUGAGUGUUCAAGGGAAUUGGAGCCUUUGAAAGAGCUCUCUGAUGAGCCUAUACAGACUCCAACUUCUGCACAGACUGACAAGAAGAAGGUCUUUAUCCGUUCACGGCUCUAGAAUCAGGUGACUUAUGGCCUUGUCUAGUAGCAUGUAUUCUGUGUACUGCAUGAAGUCGCCUGUUGAUUUCCUUGUAUAAUUCUACUAUGAUAUUGUCGGCUGGUUGUUGUAUAUAGUUUUCUGUUGUUUAACUGGUGUUUUGACGGAAGAGUAUCUGAAACUCUUUUUCGGUUGUAUAAUUGACUCGUGGAAACUGGAACUUACAAUUAAAUAGGCUUAAUUGCCAGAGGCAUUUGUGAAACCAUCAAAUGUGUUGAA